ACGUAAACAAAAACACAUUGGUCAUUGGUGUGCUGUGCCAAAUGAUGUUUACGUGUCUGAGCAAUACAACUGCAUAGAAAACCGAGUUAACUUCCCCCAACUUUGAAACCUUCCUUCCUUUUCAAACUCUUUCUUCUUUCUUCCUUCCUUUUAUUAUUCUUUUAUUUCUCAUAAACCCAAACCUCACUUUCUUCCAAAACCUCACAAACCCUUUACCUUCCAAAAUGGUUCAUCACCACCGUUACCAUCAACUUAGAAGACCAGCAGAGUAUAUCAAAGAUGAAGAGUCACAGAAUCACGUCAUGGAUUGUUCUAGCUCUGUUUAUAGCAAGAGAACAAAGCCAAAACUCAUCACUUUCCUCUUCCUCAUCACUUUCCUCUCUUGCUGCUAUGUUUUUGCACCUUUUUUCCUUGGACCAUCUUUCUCUUUAUCACUUUUGUAUUCUUAUGGACCUGAAAAUGAUGCCAACCAAGAUGGUGUUGAUAUGCAUGCUUCUAUAUGCUCUUCAGUUUCUACUGGAACCAUAUGUUGUGAUAGAAGUGGUUACCGUUCUGAUAUCUGUGUGAUGAAAGGCGAUAUAAGAACACAUUCUUCUUCCUCUUCAAUCUUCCUCUACAACUCAAUAAGCCACGGCAAUAAUGUUUCAAGGACUAUUGAAGCUCGAAAAGGUGAAGAUGAAGAGGAUCAAGUGCUCCAACAUGAAAAGAUAAAGCCCUAUACUAGAAAGUGGGAGACAAGUGUCAUGGACACCAUUGAUGAAUUGAACCUCAUUUCAAAGAAGGUGAAUUCGCCUAGUGUUCGAGGUUGUGAUGUUCAACAUGAUGUUCCAGCUGUGUUUUUCUCGAAUGGAGGCUACACCGGCAAUGUGUAUCACGAAUUCAACGAUGGAAUCAUACCUUUGUACAUCACUUCACAACAUUUCAACAAGAAGGUUGUAUUUGUGAUACUUGAAUAUCAUGAAUGGUGGAUCACGAAAUACGGCGACAUCCUUUCUCAUCUAUCGGAUUUUCCACCGAUUAACUUUAGCAAUGAUAAUCGGACUCAUUGUUUCCCUGAAGCCAUCGUUGGUCUCAAAAUUCAUGAUGAACUAGCCGUGGAUUCCGCGUUGAUGGAAGGUAACAAAAGCAUUGUUUAUUUCAGAAACCUUUUGGACGAAGCUUAUUCGCCUCGGAUAAAAGGACUAAUUCAAGACGAGGAAAGGGAAGCACAAGAGAAAUUGCGACAGCAACAACAACAACAAAUCUCUUUAUCUCCAUCAUCAGAUUCAGAAACCUCACAAGGACUGCAAGAAAUUGCACGAACGAAACCAAAAUUGGUUAUCGUCUCUAGAAGUGGUUCAAGAGCUAUAACUAACGAGAAUUUGCUAGUGAAAAUGGCAGAGGAAAUUGGUUUUAAGGUAAAUGUUUUAAAACCUCAGAAAACAACAGAAUUGGCAAAGAUUUAUAGGGUACUAAACGAAAGCGACGUUAUGAUUGGUGUUCAUGGAGCUGCUAUGACACAUUUUAUGUUCAUGAAACCUAAAUCUGUGUUCAUUCAAGUUGUUCCUCUUGGUACUAAUUGGGCUGCAGAUACUUAUUACGGCGAACCUGCAAGGAAGCUUGGUUUGAAAUACAUUGGCUAUGAAAUUCAUCCUAAAGAAAGCUCUUUAUAUGAGAGAUAUGAUAAAAGUGAUCCUAUUUUGAGAGACCCUGAAAGCAUUAACAAGAAAGGGUGGGAAUAUACGAAGAAGAUUUAUCUUGAUAGCCAAAAUGUUAAAUUAGACCUUAGAAGGUUCAGAAAAAGGUUGCAUAGAGCCUAUGAGUACACAAUCCUUAGAUCAAAUCUGAACCUUCAACACCAACCACUGUGAAUUUUCCCAUUCCACGGUUUCAUUUAUUUUUUUAUGAACAUUCUUUAAUGUAAAAAACUUAGUUUGUUUUGAAAUGUAAAAUAUUCUUAAACAUAUAGUGACAACCUGAAAAUUUCUUAAUGUGAUAUGGUGUGUAUACUAGGAUAUCUGUAAUUAAAAGCUGAAAUUUGUUGUUAUUCUGUCA